CCGGACCCUUCAGUACUAAGAAAAAGAAAUCCUCAAGUCCAUAUUCCUGGAUCUCUCCAACACCAUCCACCAUGAGCAAUCUCCUGGAUUUCAUUUUGAAUUACGAAGAAGCUUUCAAAUCACGCAACCGCCUCGCCUCGCUGUACGCAGAUUUCCGCAACCAACUCAACACAAAUCCAGACGGGUAUCAUGCAAACAUAGCGGCGUGGAAGAAAGCCCUUGCAGAUGCAGCGCGCGCGGGUGUGAUCCCUUCGCAGGGAGGAAAUACAAAGGAUCUACUCAACAUCCGGACGGGACAGGAGCUUGCGCGAGCCCUCCAACAUCCAAAUUUCGGCCAACCAACGUGUCUAUCUGCCGUGUUCCACGAUGCCGUCUCGAAGAAAGAGUUCCUUCCUUUGCAGGACUUCUUGAACUCGCAGGAAAGCAUUUACAAGACGAGUUGGGUACCCUCGCCCUGGGCGGUUGUCAAAUGGGGCUUAAGGACGCUUGGUGUACUGGGACAGCCGGGGUUUGGUGAUAAGCUCGGAACUGGGAGUUUCGUGGUUCUGAGCAAUGUGGAGACUGCCGCGGAAGAGAUCUUGAAGCAAAUGGCUGCUCAAACAUCAGAUGUUGAUCGCGUACUCUCCCGAAAGGAUUUCCUCAAGCGAUUCUCGAACGUUCUCAAUCCGAUCUCCUCACUCAGUCCGAACGACCUUAACAUCCUCCUUGUACACUUGGCUAGGGACAAGCAGUCAAUCUCCUAUGACGCUCAGACCAUCAAGUUCAAGUCAGAAAACGAUCAAACGCCUCAGCCAAUCACCCAAAUAGAUUCCGCUAUAGCAAAUCUGCGAGACCAAAUUGCGAAGCUCAAUUCCGAAAUUCAUCCUCUGGAAGAAAAGGUUGCAACGGCGGAUAUAACUGCAAGAGAAGCAGUGAGAAACAAGAUGAUGACCAGAGCAAAAGCCGCACUUCGCUCCAAAAAGUUGGCCGAGUCCGCAUUGGAACAUCGCUUGCAGUUGGUGCUUCAGUUCGGAGAAACCUACGCAAAAAUGCAGCAAGCUGUUGAUCAGGUCGAGAUCGUUAAAGCAAUGGAAGCCAGUGCGGUUGCUCUCAAGAGUCUGAACAACCGCGUUGGAGGCACAGAAGGUGUCACAAAGGUCGUCGAUACAUUGAGGGCCGAGAUGGACACUACAGACGAGAUCAACACCAUUAUCAACGAAUCCGGUGCACCCGUCGAUGAGACAGAGAUUGACGAUGAGUUUGAAGCCCUUGAGCGCGCAGAGAAGGAAAGGGAGGAGGCCGAAGAAGCGGCCAAGACCGCUGCCAGGCUGGCCGAGCUGGAGCAAGCCGAACAGCAACGCAAGGAAAAGGAGAAGGAGAGAGAAGCUGCUAAGGACACAAAGGAAGAACAGGCAGUCGAGGAGACUUCCGUACGACUCUCGCAGAUGUCGUUCAAAGAAGACGUCAACCCAGAGGCAGAAAAGGAGCAAGAGAAGACCGCAAUACCUGCAUGAGUGGUAGACUGAAGAAUUUGAUAUCCCAAUCCCUUUUGCAUAGCGCACGGUGUUCAUGCGGAGCUCAUUUAUGUAUAUUUCGACAUCCGCUGUUAGUAUGCGUAGAAAUCAACUCAAAUACAACACACAUUAAGACUUCACGC